AUGAAAAAAGAUCAUCGUCGGUGGACAUGGGAAUCGCCCAAUGGCGCGACUCGUGCGGAGAUCGACCACAUACUCACCAACCGGAGGUGGUGUUUACUUGACGUCUCAGUAGUACCAUCCUUUUGUAGUGGUUCUGAUCACCGUCUCCUUCGUGCGAAAAUACGGCUUAGCCCCACGAUGGAAAAGAACAUCUGCUAUCGGCAACGAAGGAGAAAAGAAGUCAUCUACGACGAUUGCAUACUCGAGGACUUCUUGUCCCAAGAUGACUGGCACAUCGAGGAGGACCCAAACGUGGACUACGAGAUGCUGCUCAGAGGAUUACGAGCCUGUGCUGAACAUGCCUCGAAGCCGCGCACGACAAACUUGGAUCGAAUUUCGAAGACCACCAAGGAAUUGUUGGAAAGAAGAAGGGCUUUGAGGCUUGAUCCGAAUGCAUCGCACAUUGAGCGGUUAGUAGCAAAUACUAGCUGCAGAAAAGCGUUGCAGGAGGAUCUUUUGAAGUACAGGCAGAAGAAGAUUCUAGAAGCAGCACAAAGAAGAAAGAGUCUAAAGAAGUGCCGCAGGGAUCUUCGCGAAUAUAAUAUUCCGCUAGCAGCCUUGCUGAGCGAAGACGGGACUCGCAUGUCAUCUCAUCGUAAGAUGGAAAUUAUUACGCAGAGAUUCUACUCGAACAUUUUCCGUUCAUCAACUCCUGUGUCAAGCCCAAUCAUCCCCACUGGCGAAGCUCCACCACGGAUUCUCCCUUCGGAAGUACGAGUCGCUAUCAAGAGCAUGAAGCCUGGCACAGCCCCCGGACCUGAUUUUAUAUCAGCAGACUUUCUUUGGGCUGGCGGCCAUCCGCUUCAUGUAAUCUUAGCAGCGCACAUGACAUCCUAUCUUCAGAAAGAAAGGAUCCCAGACCAGUGGAAGACCUCGCGAACCGUUCUUAUCCAUAAGAAAGGUGACCGAAAGGACCUUCGGAACUACCAUCCGAUAUGCUUGCUGAGCGUGUUGUACAAAAUAUUUACCAAGAUCAUCCUCACACGCAUAUCUAGGACGCUGGAUGAAGCCCAGCAUCAAGAACAAGCUGGAUUCCGCUAG